GGUUAUGGUCCCGAUAGCGUUAUCUCUGUUUGAAGAAACUGAAGCGAAGCGAAGCAGUGGAAAGACAUUUCUAAGGCCAAAGGUCGUUGUGUGUGCAAGCAGAACAAGCUAGGAUCGGACCGCUACAAUUGCCUUCAGCCAAGAUGUUGCGUUUGGCUGCUCACCUCCUGCUCUUCAUCAUUUUUCGACUAGCCUUGGGUCUUCCUUGGUUCCAAGUGAUUCCAGCUCUCUUGAUCUUCUACUUGGGAUCCGGCGGAUGGCGAUUCCUUCGUAUAGUCGUCAAAACAAUACGUCGAGACUUAAGCACGGGGCUCAUCGUCAUGCAGACGCGACUGAGAGUGUGGUGGUACGUGAGGCAGAAGUACACCAUCCCCAAGCUGUUCCAGGAGACAGUGCAAAGACAUCCGGAGAAAGCGGCUCUCGUUUUCCAAGGGACAGACGAGUCCUGGACCUUCCAGGAACUCGACGAGUACUCUAACCGAGUGGCCAACUUCCUGUAUGAGCAGGGCUUCCGCUCCGGGGAUGUGAUCACCUUGUUUAUGGAAUCUUGCAACAAAUAUGUCGGCCUGUGGCUCGGCAUGGCCAAGAUUGGCGUGGAAGCAGCUCUGGUGAACUCUCACGUGCGGAAGGAGUCUUUGCUGCACUGCAUCAGCAUCUCCCAGUCCAAGGCGGCCGUGUUUGGGAGCGAGCUGACUGAAGCCAUGCGAGAGGUCCAGUCUUCACUGGCGAAAUCCCUUCUCCUGUAUUGUUCUGGCGACUGGAAAGAAGACUGCAUCCCUCUAGGCACAAAACAUCUGGACCCUCUGGUGGAAAAAGCGUCUCGUGACCCACCGCCUCCAUCACCCAAGGGAUUCUUAGAUAAACUGUUUUACAUCUACACUUCGGGUACGACAGGGUUGCCCAAAGCUGCAAUUAUAGUCCAUUGCAGGUAUUUCCGUAUGGCGACUUUGGUGUUCAACGGGUUCCGCAUGAGGCCGGACGAUGUGGUCUAUGACUGCCUUCCCUUGUAUCAUGCAGCAGGUAACAUUGUCGGCGUUGGCCAGUGCCUCUUGCAUGGGAUGACGGUGGUGAUCCGGAAGAAAUUCUCAGCUUCUAACUUCUGGGACGACUGUGUCAAGUACAACUGUACGAUCAUACAGUACAUCGGGGAGAUCUGUCGCUACCUCUUGAACCAGCCGUCGCAGGAUGUGGAACGCAAGCACCGAGUGCGAAUGGCCUUGGGCAACGGCCUGCGGGCCUCCAUUUGGAAGGAGUUCACCACCCGGUUUGGCAUCCCCCAGAUAGCCGAAUUUUAUGGAGCCACUGAGUGCAAUUGCAGCGUGGGCAACUUUGACAACAAGUUCGGUGCUUGCGGCUUCAACAGCAGGAUCUUGCCCAACGUUUACCCCAUCAACCUGGUCCGGGUGGACGAGGAUACCAUGGAGCUGAUCCGGGGGCCUGAUGGGCUUUGCAUUCGAUGUAAACCAGGAGAGCCGGGGCAGCUGGUUGGGCGCAUCAUCCAAAGCGAUCCUUUGCAGCGCUUCGACGGCUACUUGAACAACGAGGCCAACAAUAAGAAGAUUGCCCACAACGUUUUCACGCACGGCGACUCCGCUUACCUCACUGGUGACGUGCUAAUAAUGGAUGAGUUCGGCUACAUGUUCUUCCGGGACCGCACUGGAGACACUUUUCGCUGGAAGGGGGAGAACGUCUCCACGACAGAGUUGGAAGGGACACUCAGCCGCAUCCUCAACAUGACUGAUGUCGUGGUCUAUGGGGUGGAGGUGCCAGGCACUGAAGGGAAGGCUGGAAUGGCGGCCAUCGUUGACCCGGAUCACUCCUACGACCUGGUGGCCUUUGCAGAAGAAAUGAAGAAGGAGCUACCUGCGUACGCACGGCCAAUUUUCCUGCGGCUGCUUUCAGAAGUGCACAAGACAAGCACCUUCAAGUUCCAGAAAACGGAGCUGCGAAAGGAAGGCUACAACGUCUCUGUGGUGAAGGACAAGUUGUAUUACCUGGAGCCCAGGCGAUGCCGGUACCUUCCGCUAACGGAGGAGGUCUACAAGAGGAUCCAGUCGGGACUGGAGAAGCUGUGAAGCAGCCUGCGCUCUUCUCGUGGCUUCAGAGCCUCCUCCUGAGGUGGGAGAGGACGUGGCAAGCCAGAAGAGGGUUGACAAUUAAGAAAAAAAGGCACAGUAAAUGUUUUUUUUAAAAACAACAAAAACAACAAAAAAAUUAUCAAGUUUUACAGAGGACCACGGCAUACAAUUUCGGUGGGGGGGUAGCCAACGGAGGAGGUUGCAUACCAAAGCAUUAAAAACAUGGCUUUA